AUGAGAGUCCUCGUCUGUCCUUCUGGCUUCAAGGGCAGCAUCAGUUCACAUACUGCAGCAGACUGUAUCGAGGAAGGCAUCCUGCGUGCUAUACCAACUGCAGCCGUCCGAAAGGUUCCACUGGCUGAUGGUGGCGAAGGCUUUGCCCGCGCGUUAGUGGAUGCUACCGGAGGCCAAAUUCGCAGAGUCCAUGUCACGGGUCCCACUGGAUAUCUCAUUCCCUCUUACUACGGAAUCCUUGGAGGCGAGUCGAAAACAGCAGUUGUUGAGAUUGCCGCAGCCGCUGGACUCAGUCUGGUACCCCCUGGCUAUCGAAACCCUUGCAUCACAACUACCUUUGGCGUAGGCCAACUCAUUGCUGCUGCCUUGGAGGAAGAUGUGCGGCGCAUUAUUGUUGGGUGUGGUGAUUCUGGGACGAGCGAUGGCGGUGCAGGCAUGCUUCAAGCCCUCGGAGCACGAUUGAUUGAUAUCAAUGGAGAUGAACUCCCGCUAGCCGGUGGAGGUGAGGCCUUAGUCUCACUUGCGGAUAUCGAUUUCUCGGGAAUCGACUCACGCCUGAAGAAGGUUCGCAUUGAGGUCGUUUGCAACUGGCAAAAUGUCCUCUGCGGGUUAUACGGUGUGGCCCAUGUCUAUGGACCUCAGAAAGGUGCAAAUCCCCAGGAAACAGAGAUUUUGGCAACAGCUCUGGAUGUGUAUGCCUCUGUAGCCGAGCGAAUGAUUGGACAAAGCGUUUCUAAUGCCCCUGGUAGCGGUGCAUCGGGAGGCCUAGGGACAGGGCUCCUCCUCAUUGGAGCAGAGCUACGCCCGCGAUAUGAAGCCAUCAUGCAGUAUUUCAACAUCGACAGCUUGUUCGAUGACUGUGAUUUGAUUAUCACCGCAGAAGGGGCAAUCGAUUACCAGACCCCGAGGGGAAAGAUUCCAGCCGAGAUCGCAACGAGGGCCAGGAAAUACGGGAAGCCAGUGAUUGUGUUGGCUGGGUCCAUAGGAGACAAUGCAGAUGCAAAUUAUGAUGUUGGCAUCAAUGCAUAUGUAUCUAUCUUGCAGCGACCAUCAACCUUGCACGAGGCUAUUGAGGGAGCAGAACGACUAUUGGUGGAGAGUGCAGAGGGAGCAAUGCGAAUGGUGAUGGUGGGAAGAACGCUGAAUGGCAGCUUUGUGAAUAAGCCCAAGUAA